AUGGCGGCGCUUCCGGUCCCGCUGCCCUCAGCGAAGAUGGCGGCAGUGGACAAGCGACGGCCGGCGUCGGUCCAGGCGGCCAGUUUCCCGGACAGCGGCCGGCCGGCGGUGUCCCGAGCGACGGCAACGGCCGAGAGCGAGGAGGACUUCCUGCGGCAGGUCGGCGUGACGGAGAUGCUGCGCACAGCCCUGCUGAAGGUGCUGGAGGCGCGACCCGAAGAGCCGAUCGCUUUCCUGGCGCACUACUUCGAGAACAUGGGACUGCGCUCGCCGGCGAGCGGCGGCGCCGGGGAGCCCCCGGGCCAGCUCCUGCUGCAGCAGCAGCGCCUGGGCCGCGCGCUGUGGCACCUUCGCCUGGCUCAUCACUCCCAGAGGACGGCCUUCAACAACAACGUGGGCGUGGCCUACGAGUGCCUGAGCGCCAGUGGGCUCAAGAAGAAGCCAGGGCUGGAUGGACGCACCUACAGUGAGCUGCUCAAGCGCAUCUGCCGGGACGGGGAGGCCCCCGAGGAAGUCGUGGCGCCGCUGCUACGCAAGAUCCAGUGCCGGGACCACGAGGCGGUGCCUCUAGAUGUCUUCCGCACUGGCAUGCUCACCUGCUUCGUGCUGCUGGAGUUUGUGGCUCGGGCCAGCGCGCUCUACCAGCUGCUGGAGGACCCCACCCUGGCCGUGGCUGACCGCCGUGUGGGCCAGGCCGUGCUGGACACCCUGGAGGGAGCCCUGCAGGCCGGCGACAAUGCCACGGCACCCGCCCGCUACCUGGAGGCCGGCUCCCGCCUGGGGCCUGACAGCCUGGCGCUGGCCAUGGACCGUGCUGUGGUGGCCAGACGACCUAGCAACCCCAUGACGCGGGAGGAGUUCCUGGAGAAAGCGGCCACCCUCUUCAUUGCCAAGGUCAAGCCGGUGGGCUGAACCCCCUCCUCACACUUGCCUGCUCCCUCUGCCCAGACUGGGGACGUAGGCAUACAGGUCUAUCUCACCGGAUCCGGGGUGAACACGGAUCGGGGCCAGGACCCGGCUGCCCUGCAUGCAAAGGAAGUGCAGGAAGCCUCCCCCACACCUAGCUUCCUGCCAGGAAUGAUGCCCUAGCCCCUUCGGUGGGGAGCCCAGGACCCCAGUAAUAAUAAAGUAUAUCCCCAAGGCUGACCUGGUGUGUGUGCUCCCCCACUUCCCAACACCAUGUCC